AUGGAACCCCAAUAUGAAGCGAUAGUAGAGAAUCUUUAUGAUUCAAAAACAGAUACAAUAAAAACAUGGUCGUUCUUAGAGACGUUUUCAACCGUUGGGUCGGUUAUAGCUCUUUACCUUCUGCUUGUACUACGGUUACUACCUGAGUUUAUGAGGUACAGAAAGCCAUACAGUUUGAACAGAGUCCUGCGAGUAUAUAAUGCUUUCCAAGUGUUAUUCUCCUUAUAUGCUGUGAUAUUAUACACUAGAUAUAUCUUCCAACAUGGCAUUAUUACGACAAGAUGUCCAAAGGGGCCACAAUUAGAAAAAGUGAUCGAAGAGAUCUGGCCAUACUUCAUCGCCAAGCAUGUAGACCUUCUAGACACGGUGUUCUUCGUGCUGCGGAAGAAAGACAACCAGGUGACCUUCCUCCACGUAUACCACCAUACCGCCAUGGUAGCAUGGACGUGGUUCCACCUGAUGUACCAUCCCACGGACCAUUUCAACGUGGUGGGGUUAAUCAACAGCUUCGUCCAUGUCAUCAUGUAUACUUACUAUGGCCUGGCGUCCAUGGGACCGGAGUACGCGAAGUAUAUCUGGUGGAAGAAACACGUCACUAAGAUACAAUUGAUCCAGUUCAUCCUAGUGGUGUCGAACCUGUACUACCAGCAGGCUCUGUCUCCGUGCCCCAUCCCACCAGCCUUCCACUAUUUCUGCGUCUUCAGCAUUACAUCCUUCUUCGUCCUCUUCAUGAACUUCUACCUGCGAAGUUACAGCAAGAUGAUUAGUAACAAUAGUGAUGGUGUGUGUACAAAAAGUGACGAUACGAAAAUUGCGUAA